GGGCAGAAUUUCCCCCUAAUAUCUAAUCUAAAUCUCCAUGCUCUUGUGAAAAGUCCCUUCUGUGUUUGCUGUAGAUUCUCUCCAGGUACUUCCCUCCAGGAGAUAAGCACAUACUCUGUUCCCCACACUCCAUGGAAUCUGUAAAGACGUUGUUUGACAACUGAAGGCUUGAAAGCUUCUCAAUCUGCAGGAAAAGCUCUGUCUGUCACCUCAAUAAUCAAUAAAACACUUGGCUUUGGAAAACUGAUUGCAUCACCCUGUUAAUGCUGCCAAGAACAGGUUCUGAGCUAGGUGGCAAGAAAGUUGAGUUUGUUCUCUUGUGUUCCUGUAAUUCAGUCUCAGGGAACAAUUAAACCAUUGUGGAUUUUAAAACCUUGCCAUGACUGACAUUUUUAUGGACGUUGGCAACCUUGGUUGGUCUCAGGUGCCUUUUGGCAAACAGAUAAAGGAGGGUGAGAAUGGGUUUGAGAUGAAAACAACCCAACAGCAGGAAAUAUCAGAGCAAGGAAUGAGGGGAACAUCAGGAAUGUGUAAGGGGAUGGAAGUUAUCUCCACAGCUUGUGUGUCCUGCAAGGCACAGAGGAUGCAGCCAGAGCAGUGGAGAUCAAGGAAUGAGCAAGGGGGACUCUCAGGACUGUGUUGUCAGAUUUCUGGUAUUGGUCCCUGGUAUCUCCCAAAAACUGAGUCCAAGAGAAGCCCAGAGAGCUCAGUCGUGGGUUUGAGUAAGCAGAGCCAUCCUGGAAAAUCUGAAGCCUUGUUUAGAAGGAGUUUCCUCAAAAGCCAUGUGGUUGUUUGCACUAAUUAUUAUGGUGAAAAAAAACCUCAGCCUUAAUUUAGGUGUUUGUAAUAAAUGAAACAAUGUAUAGACUGAAGGGCUGGUGGCUUCCCACUGCCUUUCUUGGUGUUGUGAAAUGAGAAGAAACCCUGAAAAAAUACCAGAAUGGUAUCUGAAGUGAAUUUUGGUUAAAUUAAUACUGAGUAUGAAACCCAAAGUUCACAGGAACAAGAGCAGCACACAUUAACUUUGCCAGAACCAUUGGGUAACAGGAGGAGUUGCUCUGGGAACUGAGGGGUGUUUAUUCUCUGGGUUGAAUUUUUUAAAAUUCAUUUGUUGGCAUCUAAGAGUGGGGUCAAGGGCAGCUUUAGUGGCUUUUAUUGUGAAACAUGUCAAUAAGCUGGAUUUCUCUAGUAAAUGUCAACAGGAGGACAUGAGCUGGCAGCUCUCUGAGCUGGAAACAAACCUGAUCUUUUGGACUCCUUAAUUGCCUGUGGUGUUAGUAGGUGGAUCCAAGAGUUAAAUUCCCCUUUAGAUCACCCAAAAUAAACCAGCCUCUGUAAACUUUAACACUGAAACUGUUGAAAGUUUUGAGUUUUCUUUGGUUAGUGUUUUUUUCACUUGGAUAAUAUUUUAAAAUGCAGUCCUUGGCUUGGGCUGGCUUUUUUCACGUCUCAGUGGGUUUUCUUUUUCUUCUCUGAAUUUCACAGGUCACUCAGUAUAUUUAUAUUCAGCCUGUAGGUUUCAGGCUGUUCACCAGGAACUCACAGUUGUUAUUUUAUGUCCAUAUUUUUAAAAAUAAGAACGUGACAGUACAGUCUGGAGCUCACUAGAAGCUUGCCCAUGACAUUCUAUUUGUAUUCAUUCCAGCUGUCUGCUGCCUUUGCACUUCUUUUGCUGUGUAGAGCCACAGCUAGAGGGAAGGGAUCAGGUUAAAAAUUCUUUGAAGGAAAUAUCUCUUCAUAAUUAAACCACAUUCCUUAAUGGUGACUGGUUCUGAUGCUGAAGUGCAGGAACUUCAGUACUGAUUGUUGGUCAGAAAAUGUGUUUAACAUCAGAGUAAAGUUGAAUUCUUUCACCGUGACUGGAAUUUGACUUGCCAAUAUAAAAUAACCAAACUUUCUCAGUAGAUUGUUUGUUUCCAGUGCAGAUGAGUCCCAGUUCAUCUGUUUACAUAAUCUUUAUUAUUGGUCUUAUUUGCACAGUACUGCAGUAGGACUCGAAAAUUUCUGUGUAAGAGGAAUUUUAAAGAAAAUUGCAGCACCUUAACAUUUUUCAAGUUCACUUGGGGGUGUGAAAUUGUACCUCUGAUAUUUAAGUGAUAGAAUAACAAUGCAGCCAAGUAAGACAGUGGUUCCCUGUGUCACUGUUGGAGACACAUGGCAGUACUGCAAAUCUGGCACAGAAUUUGGUAGAUUUUUUGAUCUUCUGCUGAUAAUUUUUUCUUCCUGACCUAUUUAAUUAUAUAGAGAUUUUGUCUUUUCAAACUUAAAAAGUUAUAAACCACAUCAGUGCAUUUAUUUUUAAUGCUUUUCUAAUUCAUCUUUCUUCUACCUUUCUCAUCCCCAGGGUCAAUUAAGUGAGAGCAUGGACCAUGGAGGAGUUGGCCAAUAUGACCUUGGGAUGGAACAUUGUGAAAAAUUUGAGAUUUCAGAGACCAGUGUGAACAGAGGCCCCGAGAAGAUCCGCCCAGAGUGCUUCGAGUUACUGCGUGUGCUGGGCAAAGGCGGCUAUGGCAAGGUGUUUCAAGUACGAAAAGUAACCGGAGCAAACACCGGGAAAAUAUUUGCCAUGAAAGUUCUUAAAAAGGCAAUGAUUGUAAGGAAUGCCAAGGAUACAGCUCACACAAAAGCAGAGAGGAAUAUACUGGAGGAAGUGAAACAUCCCUUCAUUGUAGACUUAAUUUAUGCCUUUCAGACUGGUGGAAAACUCUACCUCAUCCUUGAGUAUCUCAGUGGAGGAGAACUAUUUAUGCAGUUAGAGAGAGAAGGGAUAUUUAUGGAAGACACAGCUUGCUUUUACUUGGCAGAAAUCUCAAUGGCACUGGGGCACUUGCAUCAAAAAGGAAUCAUCUACCGGGAUCUGAAGCCAGAAAAUAUCAUGCUUAAUCAUCAAGGUCAUGUAAAACUGACUGACUUCGGGUUAUGCAAAGAAUCCAUUCACGAUGGAACAGUCACACACACAUUCUGUGGAACAAUUGAAUACAUGGCCCCUGAAAUCCUGAUGAGGAGUGGGCAUAACCGUGCUGUGGACUGGUGGAGUUUGGGGGCAUUAAUGUAUGACAUGCUGACUGGAGCACCUCCUUUCACUGGGGAGAACAGAAAGAAAACAAUUGACAAGAUUCUCAAGUGUAAACUCAACUUGCCUCCCUACCUCACACAAGAAGCCAGAGAUCUGCUUAAAAAGCUGCUAAAAAGAAAUGCUGCCUCACGUCUAGGAGCUGGUCCUGGAGAUGCUGGAGAAGUUCAGGCUCACGCGUUCUUCAGACACAUCAACUGGGACGAGCUGCUGGCACGCAAGGUGGAACCUCCUUUUAAACCCUUAUUGCAAUCUGAAGAGGAUGUGAGCCAGUUUGAUUCAAAGUUUACACGUCAGACACCUGUUGAUAGCCCAGAUGACUCAACUCUCAGUGAAAGUGCCAACCAGGUCUUUCUGGGUUUUACGUAUGUGGCUCCAUCUGUACUUGAAAGCGUAAAAGAGAAAUUUUCUUUUGAACCAAAAAUUCGAUCACCUCGCAGAUUCAUAGGUAGCCCUAGGACACCAGUCAGCCCUGUAAAGUUUUCCCCUGGGGAAUUCUGGGGAAGAGGUGCUUCUGCCGGCGCAUCCAACACCCAGACACCUGUGGAAUACCCGAUGGAGACCAGUGGAAUAGAACAAAUGGAUGUGACAGUUUGUGGAGAGGCUUCAGCACCACUUCCAAUCCGGCAACCAAACUCUGGGCCCUACAAAAAACAGGCUUUUCCCAUGAUUUCCAAACGACCGGAGCACUUGCGCAUGAAUCUAUGACAACACCAUUUUUGUAAGCCUUGGAAGGGAAGGUGGAAAACCAAGAACGGACAUGAGCCCCCAUGAAGUUGAAAUUUGAGGGCUUGUUUGGUUUACUCUUAAAAAGUGACAGUAUCAAAGAAUCGGUCAUUGCACAGAGAGACUUGGAAAGCAAAGAAAAACGGAUUUUUUUUUUUUUCCUGUCAAUCAAUGGUGCAUAAAAAAAAAAACAAACUUUAGCAAAUGGUAUUGCAGAACUCUAGGCACAUCAUCUUACUGAUUCCAGUGACAUCUUCUCACCUUAUCAAGGAUCUUUCAGCUUGAGAGCUCGAAACUGACAGUAUUAAGGGGCAGGAUGUUGCUUCAGAAUCACUGGUGUAGUCGUGAAUGUGUCGAGGAGGGUUGGCCCUUUCACUAGGCAGAGUUUGGAAUGCCUGCAGGCUUGCAGCUGAGGGGUAAUUAGCAUGCAAGCUUCGUUAAGCGGUUUCCUACAAUGGGGUGGAAUCAAAGAGGAAAGCUAAACUUAAUUGGUGUUUCACAUUCAAAACAUAAUGAGUUUUUUUAUAUAUAUAUAUAUAAAAAAAAUAUAUAUUUUUCAAAUAGAUUUUUUGAUUCAGCUCAUUAUGGAAAGUAUCCCAAAAUGAAAUAGGCAAACUUAAUUGGUUGCUGUGAAGAAAGUUCAAGGCUCUAGUUCUGAUUCUCCUCCUCAUGAACCAACCAAUCAAUAAAUGAAUCACUCACUGACCAGCCUGGCAGUGCGGGGUGGGAGAGAACUGUUUUCCUGCUUCCCCAGCUGAAAUCCCUGUUUGUUCCUGCAAAGACAAAUGGAUCUAAUCAAACAGCAGUGCUGCUAUGUUCUAGGCUUAACUGGAAGCCAUGGGCUCACACACGUCCUGCUUAUUUCAUGCCUGUCCUCAGCAGACAUUUCACUGGGAAACAUCACUUUUGUACACGCUGGUCCUCAGCUGGGCACAGCUGGGCAGCUCAGAUUCUUACCCACAGAGAGAUUAACAGUGAGCAGAACACAAGGUCAGUAGAAAUCUCUUGGAAGUACCACAUGAAACACAGAUAAAUCCUUCAGAGUAUAACGAAAUAAAUAUUUUUGUAACCAGUGGGUAAGAAUUUGAGGAUUUUUAAAAUUAUUAUUAUUAAUAAUAAAAUUUUGCUUAUGGUAGUUUCCUGCCAUUAUACAUUUCUUAAAUUUAUCAACAUUUUUUUUCUAUGCUGGGGCAAUAAAUUUGCUGAUUGUAUGAGUAAAGUGUUCAAUGGCCUUUCAGUGAAUGUCUUCCACAGUGGGUCAGAACUUUAGCAAAACUUUAAUUUAGCAAACAUGUUCUUAAGGACACUAUUUAUGUUUUUAAAAUUGUCACGAUCUGUACAACUGACUUACAGGUACAAAGAAUAAAAUAAAGGUAAAACUUUACCUUACUUUAAAUACUUCCUGCCUUAAAGAGAAAGCAUUUCCAUGAACAUAGCUGGUGAAAGGGUUAAUAUCUGCAGAGCUUUACCCUAGAGUUAGAGUGUGGAUGGUGUGUGCGUGUGUGUGGAGAUGAUCAUGCAGCUGCAUACAAGUCCUGUCACUUUUUGCCUGCCACACGAUGCAUUAUCUUUUAGUCAAACUGUGCAAAGUCUACUUCUGGUGUUUCACAACAGUAGGGAUUUUUUUAUUCUAGAUUCUGCUUACUCUGUGGAUACUGAAUCUUUUUGAGCCAUAGGAUCCAAGCCAUAAAACUCUCUCUAAGCAUUGAAUCCGAUCACAGUGCUCUUUGCUAAAAUUGGCAAGGCAGAAGGAUUCAGUGGUACCUUGAUGUUAACAAAGAACCAACACAAAAAAAUGGUUAUGACUGAGCAAAAAUUAGGCUUUUUAUAACUUCCUGAUAAGCCUCUUGUUGAAAAAUUUAAUUUUUUUUUUUAGUUUAGGAGGAAAAUCAAGUUAACUUACAGUGACAUACUGGAAGAUUGCCAUUGUUCAGUUGGUGACGUGGCCACGGGUGAUUUUGUGGAACCAAAAUCCAGGUGCUCACGAGUGUUUGCACUGGGCCUGUCUGCAAACACACAGCACCUGGACUUUCCUGACAUUCACUGAGGAUAAAGGAAUUUGGUUAAAAACAAAACAAAAAAAAAAACAACCAAAAAAAGAACCUUUUAGAGGCAGAUCUCUCUUGGUCCUAGUUACAGCUAACAGUUGCUUUUUGCUUGGCUGGAUAGAAUUGUCCAGUGGAAUUGGUUUAAUGGCUGGCAAGAAUGGCAAGAGUUGUUUGUCUGAGUUCACUGAUCAAUUACAAACCCAACCCAUUGGUUUUCCAAGGAAUUCCAUGUACUGUCAAUGUUUUAGCCCGUAGAUUGUAAGUUGAAUUCCCUACCAUAACUGUGAAACUUUGGGAGUGUGACUCAGACAGCAAGCACACACUAUGCAAUAUGGUUUAUCCUGUAUUUAUUUGUAAAAAUAUCAGACAUAGAUCCUCUAUAUAUAUAUAUAUAAUAGUGUCAAAAUUACUAGUUGUGAACUAAGGGGAGUGGAGUUCUAGCUCCUGUCUGGCUAUUUCAGAUAAGUGCAGAAUGCAUUGAAUAUUGGAGAGCUUAACAAGUGCUUUCUUUUGUUCAUUUAAAAAUGUCUUAAAUUUUUCAUUAGAGUAUAGAAUCUUAUUUUUUUUAUUUUGUACAAGCUGCGCUUUUUUAAUUAUAAUCACUGAAAAAUUCACUAUAAUUUGAUUUUAUAGGAUUUUUGUAGCAUUACAAAAAUAUAGUAAAACUGAGGUUAAUACCUGUUGUGGCUAACCAUAUAAAAGUAUUAAAUCUUAAACUUGAACAAAAGUCAUAUUUUUUUUUACUAGAUAUUAAAUAGGGAAAUAUUUUGUUCUGCAGGUCAUUAUCAGAAAAGAUUUCUAGGUCAGCUGUGUUACCAGCAGUUUUUCUUUUUCCCAUUUGAUGCAGAAACUAUUCUGGUAUAAGAUAUUCAGAAUUCCAUAAUUUUUCUCUGUGGGAGUGAUGCAUACAUUUGACGCCAUUCGUGUACUAAAUUGUAAUUUUGGGAAUGCUGGAAUAAUUCCUACCAAGACUGUCUUAAUUGUGCCAUCUGACAUUUGAAUGUCAUCCUGGUAUUAGCUCAUAAUAAAAGAUAAAAAUCAA